CUGCAUACGAGAUUCGAAAAUUGGUGGCGCCAGUGGUCUUCAAGAGCACAUCUUCUCCCAUUCACGACCCUGUCAACUACACCCAUUCACCCUAUACCCCAUGGAGCAAUCAGACGAAGACUUUGCUCGGUUGCUUCAGGAACAAGAGUACGAAUCAGCAGCUGGGGCCAUAGCCCUGAAGCAGAUUGACAUCGACUCCAGCUCGCCAUUCAGCUCUGCAGACAUUGACGACCUUAACCACAACUACAAUAAUACCUCUGUACUCAACAUCGACACGGAGGCGCCCUUCAAGGACCUGCAUGGUCUCUUUCUCGCGUUCAAUGACCAGUAUUUUGAGUCCAAACUGAGUGCUUGCGAAGUGCGCUGGAGCCCCCGAAUGACACGAUGCGCUGGACUAUGUCUAUAUCAAGCAAGGUCACAUUAUUGCUCCAUACGACUUUCGGAACCGUUGCUCAAGUUCAGACCAGAGUCGGAUUAUAUCGAUACGCUCCUCCACGAGAUGAUCCAUGCGUAUUUAUUUGUCACAAAGUCAAUACAAGAUCACGAUGGACAUGGCGUAGAUUUCCAAUACCACAUGAACAGGAUCAACCAGGCUGCAGGAACAACCAUUACCAUCUAUCACACAUUUCAUGACGAGGUCCGGUACUACCAAACUCAUAUCUGGAAAUGCGAUGGACCCUGUCAGCACCAACCUCCUUACUAUGGCAUUGUCAAACGAUCCAUGAACAGGGCACCGCAACCCGCGGAUCGGUGGUUCGCAGAGCACCAGGAGAAAUGUGGUGGGACGUAUACCAAAAUCUCUGAGCCCGAGCCCACGAAAAAGAAAUCGUCGUCAUCGAAACAGGCAAAGAACGUCAAAUCUGAAUCAACAGAACCGAGGGGGAGGACCAUGCUAGAUGAUUUCUUAUCGCAGUCGAAAACAUCAGGAAUGUCUUCAACAUCAAAUUCAUAUCGAACUGUGGAGGAGGGUUUGGUUGUCGAACAGGAGACAGAUUUUGGCAUGGAUGCUCCUCAGUCGAAUUCUGGCAGCACGGCUCGAAAUGAGAAAUGUCCGGGCACGCAGCGGCCCUCUCCAAGAGAAGCUGCAGCGGCGGCGGCGUUGGCGAGAUUCGAACGCCAACUGAAGAUCCUAGAUCGUGGUGCAUCACCGACGACAGAUCCAACAACUACCACUCCUCCUAAACGCAAAGAUUUAAGCACCGCUGUCACAUACGAUUUCGAUAGCACGGUGAAGAGCUCCAAAAAGAUCAAACAAGAAGAAGAUAUACCAAUCAAGAAUAAUAAGAGUCUUGAAGCUGAGCAGGAGGCCACCUCACUCUGUAAUAAGGCUUGGGGAACAACCAAGGCUGUCAAAUUGGAGAACCAGGAAUACAUCGAGCCAACUACCUCUGGCGCAGAGUCAAACCACGAACGCUCAGAGCCAGCCAUUCAUCUACCCAUCAAGGCCGAACCUGCGGCUAUAGUCCUUGUUCAGUGCCCCAUCUGCGUCCAGCGAGUGGAAGAGGCGACUAUCAAUGACCAUGUCGACCUCUGCAUCUGGCGUGCUAGUGGCGAAAACGAUUGACCCACUGCACUAUUCAGGGCUCCUGCCGUCUACUGUUAUAUGAUUUGCGCGGGAGGAGGUGGUUUGUGAUUCGGAUUGUGCGCUCUGUAACUUGUGCUACUCUCAAACGCUCGGAGGGUGUCCGUGAAUCCUUUGUAUUCCUCCAGCUGAUUAUUCUCUACCCCCCCCUGUCUUCGUUUUGUAAAAUUAGCUUUGUACUACCAUUGCCGGCCGUUAGAGCCAAUAUUAUUAUGCAGCUUUGCCACUUUG